GUUCGCCGAGAUACCACCUUGCAGUCGUGAGAUAACCGUUGCGUAAGAUCUUCAAUGGCAAACAGCUAGGUUGUGUUUGAAAAGAGGCUUGGAAAGUCACCGGUUCUGCCACGGGGUGGCCGACGCAAUGUCGGGUUGUGCGUCCGACAUUCCCCAACACACGCCAAGGUGGAUAUCGGAUUCUCAUUCCGACAUUUUACAAGCCAAUAGCGUCAUCGUGUCUUAUCACGCCUCUAAGACAGGCUUCGUGCCAGCACGCCAUGGCUAGGCGAAUUGCCGACAUUGAGAACGACGUCGUCAGGGUCUGUUACAAAGUGAACUCUGGCUGUAAUCCAAGAUCUCUGUAAUUAGAAUUGAAGCACACUUUGAGGCAAUUGGAGUGACGAUGAGGUGUUCCUCGUUCGGGCGGUUGAUUCCUCGAAGACCACACCCUGCACCGGCUCUACUACCAAGCCAGAAGUUUUCUGUCAGAAUGUCUUCAAACAAGUCGGAAGACUCCAAAGGGGACAUUGCAGAGCGUCUCGGUAACUUUGAAGAGAUACAAACCAAGCGCCCGGACUUUGACCACUCGAAUGCCCGCAUUGAGGUCACAAAGUCUCCCGAUCCGACUUGGUCUUACGGUCAGGGAGUCCGCACCCGAGUUAGCAAGUCCGCAACGCACAAGGAGAUUGACCCAUACGCAUCCGACCGAUCAAUGAUCAAUAACUACCGCCUUCUCGUCUCCGGAAUCGCACCGAGGCCGGUGGGCUUCCGGAGUACCUUGUCAAAGGACGGCAAGAAGAACCUUGCCCCGUUCAGCUAUUUCCAAGUCAUUGACCAUGAUCCACCCAUGUUUAUAGUCGGCUUUUCAUCAAGACCCGGCGCUGUCAAGGACUCGUACCGAAAUCUCAAGGAAACGGGCGAAUGUGUCAUCAACACGGUGUCGGAAGACAUGAUUGAGGCCGUGAAUGCAACCUCCAUUGACGCUCCGCGCGGAGUCUCUGAGUGGGACAUAUCUGGGCUGCAUGAGGGAGAGACUACGACGGUGAAGCCAUUGAGAGUUUUGGAGUCGGUAUUCUCGAUAGAGGCAAAGGUAGUAGACAUCAAAGAAUUUAGUGACCAUGCUAAAGACGGGAAGAGUGUGGCCGGCAUGGUUUUGCUCAAGGCGACGCGGUUCUGGGUGAUAGAGGAUGCAGCUGAUUCAGACUACAGUCAUAUUGAGCUCGAAAAGUUGCGUCCUAUCGGUCAGCUAGGUGGAAAAGCAUACGGGCGCAUCACAUCAACUUUUGAGGUGCCUCGUAGAAGGUGGCAAGAUGAGCAGAAAAGCGACUUUCUUCAGAAACUAGAUAAGUCAACCUCUAAAUAUAAAUUUCUCUUACAGAAAGAUGCGUACGACUAGUCACGCUACGGGCAGACUGCACAUGCA